AUGUCUUCACACGCCUCUCCAGCCGCGAGUAGCGACGCCAACGAGGGUGCCUCGGGAGCAACAUCGCCCUCGACCUUCAUCUUCCGCGCUGGGCUCGCGGCCAACCGCAGGGACAGAGCAAUAAAUAUUUCCAUCCCACAAAGCUGUGCAGCACCUCAGGUCUCGCCGGUCCAGCAGACGCCUCGCAACAUGGGCCCGCUGUCCGCCGAGGUGCGGAUUCCACCUCGCCCCAAGCCGGGCAGGAAGCCUAUGACAACGGAAGGCGAAGGUGGCGAGAAACGCAAGGCACAGAAUCGGAACGCCCAACGGAGGUUCCGCGACAAGCGUCAGCAAAAGUUAGAAGACCAAGUCGAAGUCAACGACCUCCUGCGCAAGGAGAUCCAAGAAUCAAAUACCAACUAUGAGCGGAGACUGAACGCUGUCCGCCUGCAACAUCAGUCGGAGGUUCAGAUUCUGCAGCAACGUGUCGAGAGACAACAAGAAGAAAUCAUAUCGCUUAAGGCCGCACUCGACAAGGCCGAAGACGAGCGCAGGUCGCGUUUGUCAACCGACUUCUCCUCACGGGGGAUGAGUACCAUCUCACUGCACCCGAAUUCCCACGCGCAGGCGAUUGAAGCAGUCUCGACUCCACCCAACGAGAAUGAAAUCGACUUUACGAACUAUGGACGAUCCAUGGGCACUGACGACAAGUGCGGCUUCUGCGGCACUGGCGAUACAUGCCCCUGCUCCCAAAGUGCAGCCGCAGCCGCAGCAGCGGCCGCGGCCACCGCCCGGCUCACUGGGCCCGGCACCUGUGAUCAGUGCAAGAGUGACCCGACGGGAGAGCGAGCACGAGCUUGCAUGGCCAUGGCAGCCAAUUCCACGGCCAGCGCAGAGUCGCAGCUGCCUCGCAACCGCACGGGUCGGAGAACUGUUCCCUGUGGCACCGUUGUCGAUGCCUUCCAGAACGCUCGCGCGGAGCCAUCCUCCAUCUCCACGUUGUUCGGUGGUCAGAAGAUGCAAGCCUACGCAGCGGAGCGCGGGGGGUUCGACUUCGAGCAUAACGAGGCGGCCAAAGUUUUGGUACAGCUGAACGAACGCAUCAUUCGCCGAGACAGCCCGCGACAUGACUUCUAG